GCAAAGAAGUGCAGGACGUCCACUCUCCACCACUGGACCUCAUGAGAGGAAAGGGGCGGGCUCAACGCCGGGGUUGGCUUUCCGAACCGAAGCGAGUCGCCGAUGGUUGCCAUCGAGAGGAGCUGCGCUCCAAACUCGUCUGUUCUCCCAACGCGGUGCGCCGGCCCUAAACGCACCGUUACGCACCGACUGGUUCUCAUUACGCACGGGGAGCGAACCGAUCCGCUCGGGAGGACAAUAUCGAGCCCCAGCCGGCAAAGUUUGAAGGACAAGCAGGGGUGGAGGCAAAGCUGCGUGACCGAACUUCCACCGAACAGCCCCGGAAGGGAUCAGGAGGAGGAGGACUAUCGAGGAGGAGCCAACAGGUCCCAGAGCUUAAAAGCCGCAAUCGAUUGGAGGGGAGAUUUCCACAUCCAAAGACGGCCAGAUUGACGUUUUGGGGGAGGCGAGGCGGUCCGAGCAAUCGAUGCGGGUAGUCUGCCGGCCGGAUGCCCACUUGGCUGAACAGAGUGCCUCUUAAUCAGUGUGAACUUCAACACAGAAAAAAGGCCGCUGCAGACCAACAGAGAGGCUGCGGAGGAGGAAGGGGGAGGAGGGAGGGAAGGAGGAGGAGGCCCGUCCCGGGAGAACAUGGUGGCAUCAUGUGAUCUGAGCGAGGAAGGAACCCCGUAGAGAAAGCGUGCAACAUCAGCAUCACCUUGUCGAAACGGAAGCGACGGACCCGACCUCCUCAUGAGCCAGCGCGGCACACAAGGAUAAAAACACCCUGGCGCUGCUUUUUAGACCCCAACCAUUGUUCCCUCAGGGGGUUUGACACGCGUCAUGGCUGGGAAGGGCAACCCCAUGCCGGGCCCGCACCUCAACGGCUUCCCAAUGCCCACCUACUCCUACUUCUUCCCUCACAUGUUGGGGAGUUUGUCGCCGCCGGCUCUGCCAGGACUUCCUCUCAGCGGCUACAGCACGCCGUCGCCAGCCACGAUAGAGACGCAGAGUACCAGCUCGGAGGAGAUAGUGCCAAGCCCACCCUCGCCUCCCCCGCCGCCCCGCGUCUACAAGCCCUGCUUUGUGUGCCAGGACAAGUCCUCAGGGUACCACUAUGGUGUCAGCGCCUGCGAAGGCUGCAAGGGCUUCUUCCGGAGAAGCAUCCAGAAGAACAUGGUGUACACUUGUCAUCGCGAGAAGAACUGCAUCAUCAACAAAGUCACCCGAAAUCGCUGCCAGUACUGUCGGCUUCAGAAGUGCCUGGAAGUCGGAAUGUCCAAGGAGUCUGUUAGAAACGACCGGAACAAGAAGAAGAAGGACGAAAAGAAGCAGGAAUGUACGGAAAGCUACGUGCUGAGUCCCGACACGGAGCAGAUGAUUGACAGGGUGCGCAAGGCCCACAAGGAAACGUUCCCUUCCCUCUGCCAGCUCGGCAAAUACACUACGAACAACAGCUCAGAGCGACGCGUGUCCUUGGACGUGGACCUCUGGGACAAGUUCAGCGAGCUGUCCACCAAAUGUAUCAUCAAGACGGUGGAAUUCGCCAAGCAGCUUCCCGGCUUCACCACGCUCACCAUCGCCGAUCAGAUCACCCUGCUCAAAGCCGCCUGUCUGGACAUCCUGAUACUCCGGAUCUGUACGCGCUACACGCCAGAGCAAGACACCAUGACCUUCUCAGACGGACUCACGCUAAACCGAACCCAGAUGCACAACGCCGGCUUUGGACCGCUCACCGACCUGGUCUUCGCCUUCGCCAACCAGCUGAUCCCUCUGGAGAUGGACGAUGCUGAGACCGGGCUACUCAGCGCCAUCUGCCUGCUGUGUGGUGAUCGUCAGGAUCUGGAACAAGCAGAGAAGGUGGACGUCCUGCAGGAACCUCUCCUGGAGGCACUGAAGAUCUAUGUGAGGAAGAGGAGGCCACACAAACCGCACAUGUUCCCCAAGAUGCUGAUGAAGAUCACCGAUUUGAGGAGCAUCAGCGCUAAAGGUGCUGAGCGUGUCAUCACGCUAAAGAUGGAGAUCCCGGGCUCCAUGCCUCCCCUCAUCCAGGAGAUGCUGGAGAACUCCGAGGGCCUGGAGAGCGGCGCCUCGGGGGGCCGUCCCUGCGCCACUCCGCCGGGCAGCUGCAGCCCCAGUCUGUCCCCGAGCUCCGCCCAAAGCAGUCCAGCCACACAAUCGCCGUAGUAACGGCCCACGUUGGGGUUUUUGUUUUUGUUUGUUUUCACACACGCCGGUCAGUCAGAGAAGGUGUGAAGGAGAAGUCCUUGACUGAUGCCAGAUGGAGACCUCCCCCCUGGUCUGCUUUGCCUCGUGUGAGGGGAGGUACGGCCGGGGGAUCGCCGCGCCACCUCCCAGAGACAACACCGUAAACUCUGCUGAUGAUACCCCCCCCCCUCCCUCCCAUCCUCCCACCGCUGCUCCUCCAUCUUUCUCCAGAAGGCUGUUGGAAAGUCGCCUGAAGCAGCACAGGAAGUGAGAGCAGCCAGGAUGGGAUGUGACAGACUUUUGGACAGAUUUGACCAACACCAGACACUUUUUUUUUUUUUUUCGUUGUUGUUGUCGUUGCUGUUGAAGAUGCAGACUACAAGCUCGGGACUUGUCAAAAGACCCUCCUCCUCUUCUGCCUCCUUCUUCCACCUCAGAGACUCUGGGUCUUUUCUCUUUUCCCAGCUUCAAAAAAUAAAAAAAAUAAAACAGAUUUCGUACACAGAUAUAUAUAAAUAUAUAGAAAAGUUCAGGAAUUAUCGUGAUUGAAUGGGAGGCCGUAACGAGGGCGUGUUUUCUGAGAUUACAGAUUGUUGUACUCCCCUCACUGUUUUACCCAUCAUGGGAGGAAAAAAAAUAGUUUGCUCACACGUGUACAUUAUUCUAAUUAACAAAAAAAAAAAAGCAAAAGAGAAUGACAUUUCCUUCCAGUCCUCAGAUGACGACACACACAUACACACAUACAAACACGCACACACUAAUAUGCACAGAAAACAAGUUGCAAUGAGCAUCUCUUCCUAUUCUUCCAGGUUCUUUCUUAUUUUAUUGCCUCCAGGAACAUGGAAACAAAUGAUUGUAUGAACUCGGUUGUAUGAUAUGGUCACAGGUCCUUUCAAGAAAUCCAAUUAAUGAAGAUUCAUUAUUAAGGUUAAGUAGCCUUUUGAGUUUGUGUAUAUAAGCUGUAUUAAUUUCUUUAAAACUAUGAAGAGUUUUAGGCUUCACAUGAUUUGUUUUUUAAAGAAUACCUUUUAUGUGUUUUGUUCAUGGGUUUGUGAUUCAAGAAAAAAAUACAUUUUGAGCACACUUUACUGAAGGAAUUUCUUUCAUGUUGUGUCCUACUAAAUACUGGACAGACCCUUAACACCCCCACCCCCCACACACACACACACUCCACAUCACUGGCUGUCCACAAUGUGGUAUUCACAAACAUCCCUUUGCGUGUGUGUUCAUAACAGUAGCACUCCAGCAUUUUUUGGGCCAUGUAGCAGAAACAAAUGUGGUGGUUUCUUUUGCUCUUGAAAAAAAAAAAACAACAACAUGGAUGCCACUUGUAGCUUUUCAGGCUCAGGUUUGCAGCUUCAGA